GUGAGCAAAAGGCAGUUAAAUACUUUACAUUUAUCUGUGGUUGUUUAAUUUGGUCUUUGCCGUUUGAGUCUAUAAGAAUCUGUAAUCUGUUUAAAAUAAACUUCCAUCUAUGGACUGGACUGAUGUCAUCCAUCCGAUGAAAAAUUAAUUAGAAUUUUAAUAACCAAUAGCGUUAAAAGUGAUACAACGAGCGUUAUUGUUUUAUCAAAAUCUAUAUUAAUUGCUCCAGAGUGUGGAUAUUUCAUGCAGUUUUGUGUAAACGGAAUAUUAUAAAUUUUCUUUGUAUUCAUUCAGUGCAAUAAUACUUUUAAUUUAGUCCAUUUUAAUGCGUGGGAUGUUUACGAUUUCAUAAUUUAAGUCUAUAUCUGUCAACAGAGACGAUGUCUCCACAGACUAUCCAAAAACAGUAGUAUUUGGAAAUAGUUAAUAAUAUAUUGUACGAUGUCAAGUACAGAGCAAAAUAUAUUGAACUCAAUGCAACAAUUGUCUGUGCAACCAAGUAACAGUGCCCCUCCUGAGAAACCAACUCAAGUUGUCACUCCAGCAAUUAACAGAAGCCAACCAUCGGCAUCUAAAAUUGCAUCGGUCAAAUCGAGUGCAGUAUCACCAGCUAUUGCGACUAUUGAUCGCCUUUUGAGCUUAGGUACAACACCUCCGCCACCUCCUGUAUUAACCAGGCCUGCAGACAUGGACCCCCACACUAUGGAGCAGCUACGAGCUGUUAAAGAAAUGUUAGCAGCUCAAGAGGAAGAAGCUCAAAGCUUAAGAGAUAUUAAUAGGGAAAUGCGAAGCCGAUUGGAGGAAUGUGAAACAAAGAUUAAAAAAUUAACUGAACUCAACGAAGAAUAUGCGGAGAAAGAGAAGGGCCUAUCACAACGUGUAGCAGAGAAAGUACGAAAUAAUAAACAAAUGAGCAUUGUCAUGGAGGAGUAUGAGCGUACCAUUUCAUCUCUCAUAGGUGAAAAAGAUACGGAAACAAAAAGAUGGGCAGAGGAAAGAGCAACAUUACUUAGAGAGAGAGAUGAGGCAGCUGCUCAUUUAGCUUCAAUGGAGCAUGCUUUUAAUGAUGUUCACACUAAAUAUGAGAGAUGUAAGGUUAUAAUACAAGAUUACAAAACAAAUGAAGUAGCACUGAAGAGAACUGUAGAGGAGAACAAUGACGCUAUACAGAAAUUGGAAGCUCGAUACGAAGCAUUAAGACAGCAUGCGAUGCAACAAUUGAACAAAGCCAAUGCUGAGCUUGACUCAGUAAAGAAGUUCCAUCAGGCCGAGAUCCUUAAAUUGAAUGCUAUGCUCAAAAAGAGUGAAGUACACGCUUCUUCAUUGCAGGAAUCUCUAGCACAGAAAAUCAAAGACAACGAGGAACUUACUGCAAUUUGUGAUGAGUUAAUUAACAAGUAAUGAUGGCAACGACCUCGAAGGAUAUUCUUAGAUCGUAAGGAAAAUCCAGACGCAGCCCAGGAAAUGAAACGCAUCCUAGUAUUUAUAUAAAUAUACUAUCGAGUUUAUUUAAAACUUAUAUAAGUAUGCCUAAGUAUAGCUGGCUACUUUAUUAUCAACCUAUCAACUAGCUUUAAUACGUAUUUACAAUUCUUGAUUAUGAAAUUGUAAUAAUUAUCUUGUAUUUGAUAAGAUAUAGUUAUCCUUUUAUUUUAAUUAGAUAACCUUACUUGUAAAAGAUAUACAAUGCUAAAAAUAGAAAUUGUCCACAAGUCUGUAAAGCUCUUGACUACAGGGGGUUAGAAAAAGUGCAUUCCCUCCGAAGCGAUUCUAUAACGAACUUCAAAAAUGUAUGGAACUGACAAUAAUUUUCGAUAAGUCACGUGAUUGUCGCGCGUCAGUUCCAUACAUUUUUGAAGUUUGCUAUGGAAAUGUUUUCACUAAUAAUCCUAAAAUUAAUGUUUCCUUUUACCUUAAUACAAAGAAAUUAUGAUUUUAUUAAGAAAUGCUUUACCAAAAUAUCAAAAGUGAAAAAAGGGUCAUUGUAGCAAUUUUUAGUUAAUGAUAACUAAAUUUUAAAUUCAUACUCUAAGCUACUAGGUCAUUUUCGUUAAGAUGUAGCGGGAAUUGGUUUCUAGGCCGAGAAGUAACCUCUGUAAUGCAAUGACUCAUUCAGGACAACAUUUAUGUCUAUAUAUAGGUAUCAAUGUACGCGAACAACCUUGUU